GAGCAAUAGUAAGCAGCAAAAGAACUUUAGUAAAAAAAGGCAAAGUAAAAAGUAAAGUGGGAAAAAGAGAGAAGAAAAGAAAAGCAGUACCCCUUGCUUCAGGUAUUUAUAUUGUCCUGGUGCCCCGAGCCAGCAGAGCAAUGGACCAUCGGAAGAAGUGCUUUCCCUCAUGCAGUGGUGGCCAUGACAACCGCGGCUUCACCCCUUUUCAUGCUUUCUUUCCUUACUGCUUGUGCUACGCUCUUCCUUUUCCAUUCCUCCUUUUCCUUUUCGCUACUUCUUGUUUACGCUUUCACGCCGUCACUCCACUCGGCUAGUUCUUUCUUUUUUACUUGUGCUACGUUCUUUCCUUUUCGUUUCUGCGGUUCCCUUUUCGUCACCGCGGUUUCCUUUUCGUCAUUCAUCCAAAACGGGUUUGUCAUUGUCACUUUGCUUUACCCUGCUUAAUAAUGCCUGACAUGGGUUUCUACGAAGGUCAUUUAAAAGCAUCGAUCAUGCACGUCCUCCGAAAAGACACAAGAGCAGUG